CAAUAAAAUGGGCUAGCCACCGAGGUGGGAGCAGCAGUUUGGGCGAAAUUUCCAAGCGGUUAACAUCUCUAGUGGAUAAUGAAGUCGGCAAUUGUUUUCCUGGCUUUGGUGGCUAUCUGCCACUCGGCUCCCCUGACCCCCAUCGAAGAGUCUCCCGUGGGUCUCUCCCGUCCCAGUCCCAUCAGUCCAGACGUGAUCAGUGAUCCGAAGCCAGAGGAGAAGGUCGUUUUGCUAAAGGAUGUACCAAAGGAUGGUAAUCGCCAAAAGCGAGAUGAGCACCAGAAACCGGAUAGUGUGAAGGCUCAGGAACAGCUUCACCACCAUUCGAGCGAGGAGCCCCUCCAGAAGCCAGAUAGUGUCAAGGCCAGUGAGGGACUCAUCAAGCACAAGCGGGAUACCAAGGAGCACCAGAAACCGGACAGUGUCAAGGCUCGGGAACAGCUUCACCACCAUUCCAGCGAGGAGCCCCAACAGAAGCCGGAUAGUGUUAAGGCCAAUGAGGGACUAAUCAAGCAGAAGCGGGAUAUCAAGGAAUCAGAGAAGCCGGAUAGUGUCAAGGCCCAGGAACAGCUUCACCAUCAUUCCAGCGAGGAGCCCCUCCAGAAGCCGGAUAGCGUUAAGGCCAAUGAGGGACUAAUCAAGCAGAAGCGAGAUACCAAGGAAUCUGAGAAGCCGGAUAGUGUCAAGGCUCAGGAACAGCUUCACCACCAUUCCAGCGAGGAGCCCCAUGAGAAGCCAGAUAGUGUCAAGGCCAGUGAGGGACUCAUAAAGCACAAGCGAGAUACCAAGGAGGAAGACAAGAAGGAGACUCCUGUGACUUUGAUCGGCGAGCUGCCCAAAGGUGAAGUUCCUCAAUCUGCUCCUGCUGUAGCCCCUCCCAAGAAGGACAAGAGAGAAGCUCACCACGAGGAGGGACACAAUGAGAAGGCCGGAGUAGUGGUCGAAAAUAAGGAAAAGAAGGACUCCCAGGAGGGAAAGGACGAGCCCCAGCGUCUGCCCUACAACGCUCCCGGCUUAGUUGCCUCCCCAAAAAAGGAGAAACGUGAUACCAUCGAGAAACCGGAUAGUGUUAAAGCCCGUGAAGGACUGCAGCACAAUCCCCAACGUGCUGAGGAAAAUCGCAAGGCUUUGGAGUCCCUACUCGCGGGUACUCCGAAGCCCGAAGAGCGUCGCCAGCGCGACAUUCCUGUUCCCACUGAGGUGAAAUCCACUCCGGCGGAGCCCAAGUCAGAUAGCACCACGCCCCCUGCCUCGCACCGACCCACAGCCAAGCCAGUGUCCGAAUUGUUCCACAAGGAUGCGGCCAUCCACAAGCCUGCAGAUGCUGACAAGGUCGAGGAAUGA